CUAUUAUUAUUCUAUGCUUAACAUAUGUAAUACAAUUUGAACAAAAACGCGAAACGGUCAAUAAUUUUCAAACGUUACAACUGUGUAUUGAAAUAUAGCGAGAAAAAUGGCGUCCAUUAAAAUCCUACUUCUGUCCAUAAUUCUACUAUUCUGCGUCUUUUCUCUUCUCUCAGUGGAUGCAGCACCUAAAAAACACAGUCGUCAAGACGUCGUUAUUCACCCAUCAGUAGAUCGAAUUUUCUCAAAAGUUAAAGAAGCUGAAUUGAAAGACACACUAAGCGUUGGUAUCAAAAUGAAUGAACCAGAUACACUAGUGAUAGCACCAGUACGAGGAUUUGAUAGAGCUCAUCGUCAACGCCGAAGACGACGUCAUAGACGUGGUAGACGUGGUGGUCGACGACAUGGAAGAAAAUUUCAGAGGGGAUUAAACAGAAAACCACAUCUUAGUGGUUAUCCAAUGCAGUAAAGGUGAUGAACUUCAGAAAACAUUGUUACCUCUCUGUGUGAAAUAUUUUCCUCCAUGUAUGUAGCAGAGGAAAGAACGACCACCUCAAGUGCACUUCUUAUAGGAAUCUUCGUUUC